CUGAGGUUGCAAUGAUGGAAAAGAACAACCAGAAAAAUGCAAUGGACCUCAAACGUUUUAAGGACGUUCAAAACAUAGAGUACUACAACAGUCUUGAUUGGGGUACUAUUAUUUGGGAGAGGACACUCGAUGCCCUAAAAACUGCGUUGAAUGAUAAGAGUAGUCUAUACAAGACGAAGGUGAAAGGAAAUAAAAAUUACGUUGUGAAAUACUCUUUGCGUGAAUUUCCACAAGCGUUCCAGGUAUGGACGUACCAGAUCCUAGCUGUAUCGAUAGCUGGAACAUUGCGAAGCGAAGGAGGAAGGUGGCUUUGCCUCACGUAUUACGAUGGUCAUGCUCCCACUCAGUCUCCUUCAAAGUACUCGAGAGAGAGAUAUUCAAGUCUAACAAUAUAAAGAUUAAAGAGGGUAUUGUCAUGACAGACGCUGAGAGGGAGUUUUGGGAUACCCCAAUGGACAGACGACCUAUAUUUGAUCUAGGUGUCGAUAAUGAUAGUGCUGAAAGUAGCAAUAGGUCAAGUAGUGGGGGUAGUUCUGAAAGCAAAAGUGAAAUUGAUGAUCAUCGUGGAGAUGACAAUGAUGAAUGUGGAAGAGUGGAGGGAGAGGAUGAACAUGAGCAUUCUGAGCAUGAGAAUGCUGAAUGUGGAAGGGUGGAAGGAGGGACAUACACACCUAGUGAUGAUAUGUUCCAUGAUGUGGUGGGGGAUGUAUGCGAUGAGGACGAGUCGAACCCACCUAAUGUCCAUCUUGUGGACUCCCAUAGAGAGCGAUCUAUGGAUGAGGAGUGUCCUGAGUGUGCUGCCCACAGGGAGGGAGUCAAUCCCGACGAUUCUAUUUAUUCGUACCUACGGACCAUUGACAGCUCACUAUCGAGGUUGGAUGGUCGUAUAUCGAGUUUAGAUAGUCGUGUAUCCAAUAUGGAGGAAAACAUGACAGACAUGAAAGGACAAUUGUCGACCAUCCUGUCACUGUUGCAGUCUAUGUGCAAGAGCCUCAAAAUACCACCACUUCACCUACUCCCAACCCCCCCUCUAGAGCCCGAUACCACCACAACAUCACCAACUAACGUCGAACCUAUAAAGGUUGACGUCCCACAAACAGAGGCCAACAUGUCUGCCUUACACACCAUGCCACAUACAAAGGCCGACAUGUCUGACAUCCCAGAGGCCGACACUUCUGGUAUUGUUACGACCACAGAAGGAGUUACACUAGAAUCUUGA